AUGGCAUACGAGGGAAAACUUUACAAACAUGUUCGUGACGAGAACAUCGAAGUGUUCGUCAAAAGUUUAAAUCUCCCAGAGGAGCAUACCAUUGGUUUCCUGAAUAACAAACCUGACCAGAAGCUUGAAAAGAAUGGUGACUCUUACACCCUCACCACCAUAAGCGCCAACAACACUAAGGAACUCACCUUCAAGGAUGGUGUGGAAUUUGAUGAAACUAUAGUUCCAGGCCUAGUACCAAAGACAACAUUCACCUUAAACGGUAACACUCUGACACAAGUUCAAAAAUUCGAUGACGGGAAUGUUAUUAUAACGAAGAGGGAGUAUUCCGGUGACGGACUGACCGUGACAUUUCUGAGGAACAACGUGGAUGGCCCAACAGGAAUUAGACACUACAAAGCC